GAAAAAAAAAAAAAAAAAAAAAUACUGGCCAAGUGGCCAAUGUUCUUCCGCCUCUUCCCAACCUUUUACCAAUGUGGGCGAAAAGAUAUUGCGGGACAAAUACUCUAUCUCUCCGUUUCUCCCCAAAAUCUUAAUACCCUUUCUUUUGAUCUUGAUUCAUUCAAACCCCUUUUCAUUCUCUCGUCGUAAACCUCAAUCUUACCCCUGAUUCACUACUCUUAUUUAGUCUUUCGAACCUUCAAUUUCCUCAGAAACCCUAGGAUUUCUCAAAUGGCGUCGAAGAAGAAAGAUUCAGAGGUUUUCAAUUUGCUGAACUUGUACCAAGAUGAUGACGACGACGAAGACAUGGAAGAUAUGGAAAAGAAGGAAGAGGAAGACGAUGGUGACAGAGAAUCUGAGCCUCAACGAAGAGAAGAAGAAUUACGAGGUUCGAAUGAUGACGAAGAAGAAGGUUUGAAGCUGAAUGAUGAAGUUGGUGUGCCUAGUGCAGCUCCUGCUAUGCGAUUAAACUCUAAUUCGACUCCGAAGUGGAGCAAUUUGAGGCCGCCAACGCCAGUGCAAGCUCAGAGCUCUAAUUCGGAUUCUGAUGUCUCGUGGCAGAGGAGAGAAAAGCCUAGUAUUGUUGAUUAUGCGCAUGAUGAUGUUGCGAUGUCUCCUGAGGAUGGGGAAAUCUUGGGCACAAGUGCUGGCCGAGUUAUGUAUGGUGAAGAGCUCAUGACUAAUCACGAUAUUCCACAGAGAAUACAUAUAAGCAAUGUACAUACCAUGACACCAAACAAUCAGACUGACUCUCCUCAGUUGUCUGCUGAAGUAGAUGCCUUACAACUUGAUCAUAGGGCGGCAAAUGAAUUAGAAGCUGGGGUUGGGGAAGGUGUCAAUAUCUCUGCCGAAGAUGGACUGGAUUCUGACCCGUUACAAAAAUUUCUUCGAUCACCACCAGAAGAGAAGUGUUUGGAUGAGCUACAGGAGAAGAUAAAUAAGUUUCUUGCGUUGAAGAGGCAAGGAAAAAGCUUUAAUGUAGAGGUUCGCAAUAAAAAAGACUACCGAAAUCCUGAUUUCUUGCGCCAUGCUGUGAGGUAUCAAGAUAUCGAUGAGAUAGGGUCUAACUUCAGUAAAGAUGUAUUUGACCCACAUGGAUAUGAUCAAACCGACUACUAUGACGCAAUAGAAGCUGAUAUGAAACGUGAAAUGGAAAGGAAGGAACAAGAGCGGAAGAAAACUCCAAAGGUUGACUUUGUUUCUGGGGGAACACAUGCUGGAAACACUGCACAGAAAGUUUUAUUGCCUAGUCCAGGUGUUCCCAAUUUGCCUUCUGCUGGAUCGCAAUCAGGUUCAGCUGACAUGUUAUCCCGGGAGGGUCGACACAAUAAGAAAUCAAAAUGGGAUAAGGUGGAUGGUGAUAGAAGAAACGUGCUGGGUAGUGGCCAGGAUACAGUUGGAGCACAUUCAUCAAUUUUUUCUUCAGCGAAUGCCGGAGCUGGAUAUGCUGCUUUUGCGCAACAAAAACGACGGGAAGCAGAGGAGAGAAGAUCAAGUGAUAAGAAGAUAGAGAGGAGAACAUGAAACCUUUGUUGGAUGAGUUAAUUGAAAUUUAGGGCCAAAGCCUAUGAACGGCUUGUAGUUGUAAUAUUGAUGAUCGAGCAACAAGUUGAAAAUGAAAGCAGAUUGGUAGCAGAAUGCAAAACCUGAAUCUGUUAGGAUCAAGGAGCAGAUUGGCACCAGAAUGCAAAACCUGAAUCUUUUAGCAUCAAGGACAAAUUAAGACGGGUUGGUUAGACAGCGAAUUCUGGAAUCUUCGAAAAUCAUGAUUUCUGAGCUACUCUGUCUACGACGUUCAUCAUAGUCCACCAUAUAUCUUCUCAAAAGAAUGUUACUCUGUAAACUAAAAAUCUACAAGGAACAUAUAUUUCAUGUAGCUUCCAUUUCAUCUCUGAGCAGCUAUUAAAGAACAAAAAUGAGCAGUGAUCAUAUUUUAACAAUAGGAAUAGUUUCGAACUUAAUCUGGCUCUGAAUUGCUUAAGCUUGGCUCAAAAUUUUGAUGAUCUGCAAGGCUAAGUCGAAUAGUAAACUUGAAAGUAGGAAUGUUGUAAUCUGAAUGGGUUGUGUAUUUAAAAUCUGAAGAUUUGGAAUUUUGAUCGAGUUAUUUUGAGCUUGGCUCACUGUUUUA